AUGCCAGUCAAUAUCAUUGUUACAGUUCGUAAAACUAUGAAACAUGUUGCUACAUUGAAUAUUUUCGAUGAUGCAGCCUCACGUUCUAAUCCAUUUAAUUUUCGUACGGCAAUUAUUUCUACUCGUUUUUAUUUUGUUCUUCUCAUAUUAUCUCUCAUUACUCUUGUCAUAUUUACUUCUUUGAGUAAUGAAAAUAUAUCGAUUACAAUUCGAAAUCCAUCGGAAGCAUCUUACGAGUAUUUACUUAACACAUAUUCAAGAACUCUAUCUUGUCAAUGUAGUCGUACUACCAUUCCGUAUAGUGAUUUCACUUCGACGGAUAUUAAAUAUCAUCCUGUAUGUUCAAGCAUGUUCGUAUCUUAUGAUUGGAUCGAUUGUCUUCUUAGUCCAAACAUGAAUACUCUCUAUCAAGCUGAUUUUCGUGCAUUUGCCAGUACAUUUUUCCAAUUACUUGCUAUAUACUGUUCACAUGCUCAACGAUCAAUAAACGACGCACUCGAUGAUCUUCGAUCAGAAACUCUUCUCACACCUGAUGUUUUAUCUUUUCAAUUAUUAGAUACUAAAGUUCAAGCUAAGAGUGAAUUUCUUCAAACAUCCACAGCAAAUAGCCUUGUUCGAUUACUUGAACUCGUACGCAGCACGACAUAUACCGACACACUCUAUUCAGCAUUCCAAACAUCUGAACUAUUACUUAAAACGACCAGAGAUAAUGGUUCAAUUACAUUGAUUGAAGUGAAAGUUUCACUUUUUCCAAACGGUUCUACGGAAUGUGAAUGUUUAAUAACGCCUACAUGUUCUUUACCAGCUGGAUUUUUCAAUGGUACAGACAUUGAACUAUUAGCUCGUACACGACAGAUAUUGACACAAUUUGAAUCAACUACAGUAGCUGAAUUCAAACGCAAUCUCGCAAUCAUUCGUUCUCUAACUACAACUACAUAUACAGCCGGAUACGGUGAUGUCUAUUGGUACAGUAUUCCUUCGGUUUAUGACACUGGAGACAGCUAUUUUGUACCAACACCUGUUAUAAUUGAAAAUUGUUCAUGUGCACUUAGUGAUGAAUGCAAGAAUACGAUAAGUUUGUACAAUUAUACAAUUGAUCUUAGUGUUCCCCCACAAGGUAUUCUAUUCAAUAUUCCGCAUAUGUAUAAGAGUUGUUUCAAUAUGCAAUCCUUACUUCUAUCUUCACUUGAAUGCUUUUUCGAGCGAACAUGUUUUGAUCCUAUUCAAGAAAUAAUCAAUGUUAUUGCAAACUACUAUUUUAUAAUCAAUGGAUCCGUACUUCUAACGAAUUCAACACGAUUUUCUCCUAAAACAACUGUUGGAGAAAUCAUUAACGAACUUAUGAUCGAAAGAUGGUACGAAAAUGUACGUUAUGAAGAAUACUAUCAACAAUGUGCACCCGAACAAUGUUCCUAUUUAUUGCCAUUCCGUAAUAAUGCACUUUAUAUAGUCACCACGGUGAUUGGACUAUUUGGUGGUCUUUCAGUUGCUCUCAAAAUUAUUGUUCCAAUAAUAGUCCGUUGGAUACGAAACCGAAUGCGUCCCCAAGCAACACCAGCUAAUGUGACAGGUUAG